AUGGCAUCCAUUCCUAAUCACCAAACAGCAGCUCUCGUGCAAGAUCCUGGUGAAAACUUCAAGAUCUUGAUCCGCGAUGACAUCCCCGUCGGCGAACCAGGGCCAGAAGAGAUCCUAGUCAAGCUAACGUGCACAGGUCUCUGUCACUCCGAAGUCCGAGCCGUUCUAGCUUGGGCUGCCUACAAAUCAAUAAUUGGACAUGAAGGUGUGGGGACAGUUGUCAAAGCGGGCACCAACGUUACUCCAUCGCUCCUCGGUCAGCGCGUCGGCGUCAAGUGGCUUUAUAGUGCCUGCAAAGAAUGCUCCGUCUGUCGGAGAGGGUUCACCCAGAACUGCCCCAAGCAGGUAAACACCAGCCGCCACGUUCCCGGCACGUUACAGCAAUAUGUCGUUGCCGAUGCCCGGUUCAUCACGCUGAUUCCCAAGGGGCUUGCGGAUGAGAUCGCCGCUCCCAUUCUCUGCGCUGGUCUAACCAUGUCUGGGGCUUUGGCGCAUCUCGAUCACGAGCUCCGAGCUGGGGAUUGGAUUGUGAUUUCCGGGUCGGGCGGCGGACUGGGUCACAUAGGGGUGCAAAUUGCCGCGCGGGUGAAGAAGCUCCGUGUGAUUGCGAUAGAUAGUGGGGAUUCCAAGCGAAAACUUAGCCUGGACUCUGGAGCGGUAGCAUUUGUGGAUUUCAAGACGGAGGAUGUCACGGCGCGGGUAUUGCAAUUGACCGGAGAGGGUGCUCAUGCCACAAUUGUCGUGCCUGGGACCAAGGAAGCCUUCCAGAUAGCACCAUCAUUAGUGCGAAAUAUGGCGACUAUUGUAUGUGUGGCCUUGCCCCCGAACCAAAUGGAUAUUCCGAUUUCUGCCACUAUCUGUGCCGCUCGAGGACUGACGAUUAAGGGCUCUUCAGUGGGUACUGAGAGUCAAUUGACGGAGCUGCUGAAUUUGGCCUUGGAGGGAGUGAUUACUCCUGCCAUUGAGGUAUUUGACUUCGCUGAAACUGAUAGACUUAUUCGCCAACUCACCAAGGAUGAGAUUAUGGGUCGGGCAGUGGUUAGGAUUCCGGUAGACUAG